CCACCAUUAUCGCAUUCCCAGACCUACCCAAUUCGUCCCACGACGACAAUUGAAGGGAAGCCAACACCCAUCCCCCACACGUCGCAAUGGCAUCCCUCCGCGCCUACAACGCAGCCCGCCUGCUGCGGAGCGCCGCUCCCUUCCGGGCUUCCGUCUCCGCGCCCGUAACCGCUCGCCGAUUCGAGAGCCAGCUCACGACCGGCACCACGACACAGCAGCCCGCCGCCGUGGCCCCCUCGACCGAGCAGAACGAGCCCGACUACAGCAUCGCCGCCGACAAGGCCACCUCUACCUUCACCCCGACGCCCAAGAAGCUCCAAAACGGCAGCGAAGACGUCCCCUUCAUCCAAGCCGCCGUCAUCUCCGGUGCCCCCAUGGAGCUCCAGGCUCGCACAGUCCGCAUCUACCAGGAAUCCAAGCCCGCAACGCAAUCAGGCAACUGGCAGGGCCACCACUGGCGCAUGGACUGGGACAUCCUCCCCAAGGGCCACCGCUGGGAGAACCCCCUCAUGGGCUGGCAGUCGUCGGCCGACAUGAUGCAGGGCACCAAGCUCAACUUCAAGUCCAAGGAGGACGCCAUCCACUUCGCCGAGAAGCAAGGGUACGAGUACUUUGUCCAGGAGCCGCAGUCGAGGCGGAUCAAGCCCAAGGCGUACGCCAACAACUUUUUGUACUCGCCCAAGAAGCUUAAGCACAUUCGGACCAAAUAGAGGGGAGAGCCAAGACAGAGUGGGAGCGAUAUUUUUGUACGGAGUAUCACUUGUAUAUAAGACUUUCCAAAGACCGUUUGUACCCCCAUGGUAGACCUGUAACCUGGUGAGGAGAG